AUGCCUGUCUUCACCGAGUUCUCCUCCAGCUCGCGAGAACUUCGAGUGCUCCCCUCCUUCGCACCCCCUUUGCCUCGACUCUCGCCCAAAUUCACUCAGCCAAGCACAUCAAAUGGUGAGAAAUACGAGGUAGUUAUCGUCGGUGCUGGUCCGGCAGGACUCAUGCUAAACCUCCUCCUCGCACGCUACGGACUGAGCGACGACUCAUUGCUCUGCGUCGAUUCCAAACCCAGCACUCUCAAAUCCGGACAAGCAGAUGGUCUGCAGCCGCGGACACUGGAAGUACUGAAGUCAUUGGGGCUUUCCGACGAAAUCCUCACGGAAGGAUGCCAGAUGUGGGAGGUUGCGUUCUGGAACCCGUCCGAUGAUAGGGAUACCGUUAUCGAGAGGACGUCCAUCGUCCCUGACGUUGCUGUCCAAGCGCGAUACCCACAUGAAGUUACGAUUCAUCAGGGGCGGAUUGAGAGGAUCCUGGAGACGGAUCUGCUGCGGUACUCGAAGCGCGGAGUAGAAAGGAACACAAAAGUCGUGGAUGUCAAGAUCGAUGAAGAAGGGGAUGAGGAGUUCCCCGUUGUUGCGGUUUUGGAGACCGUCUCGCAGGAUGGAGAGCAGAGGCGCAGGACAAUCAGGUCAAAGCAUCUCGUUGGUGCCGAUGGGGCGCAUUCAGUUAUCAGACGGUGUAUGGGGUUGAAACUGGAAGGAGAAUCCCUGGAUCAUAUCUGGGGAGUUGUCGAUUUGGUCGUCGAUACUGACUUUCCUGAUAUUCGGAGACGAUGUGCCAUUCAUUCGCCUGCGGGAUCAGUCAUGGUCAUUCCACGGGAGCGUAUCGUGACAGGUGACUAUCUGACGCGGUUGUAUGUGCAGGUUCCUGGUGCUGUUGCUUCAGAUAGCAAUAGUAAUGGCACCCAGGCGGCGACGAAAGAUGCCAGGGCUCGCAGGAGCCAGGUUACGCUGGAAGGGAUCUUCCAGCAGGCCGCGGCUUCUUUUAAGCCGUAUCAGAUCAAGCCCAAGUAUGAGGGCGCUGUUGACUGGUGGGCAGCGUACCAGAUCGGACAGCGGGUGGCGGGAAGCUUCACCGUGAAGGAUUCAAAGGGUGCUAAUCGAGUGUUUAUUGCGGGAGAUGCAUGCCAUACUCAUAGCCCUAAGGCCGGCCAAGGCAUGAACGUCUCAAUGAUGGACUCGUACAAUCUUGCGUGGAAGCUCAUCUACUCUAUCAACGGCCUCACGCCCGACGCGGGCGCUGGAGUCGGAUCCCCUGACUCCCUCGUCGACACUUACCACACAGGACGCCACACAAUCGCACAGCAACUCAUUGAAUUUGAUCGUGCCUUCUCAUCCAUGUUUUCCGGGAAAAUAGGCGCGUCGGGAGACGGCACGACCAGUCUCACCCACGACCAAUUCCUGGAAGUAUUCAGCACGGGCAACGGCUUCACCAGCGGCUGCGGGAUCGAGUACCCUGAAAACCUGACUGUGCAGAAGAAGAAUAAAGCCGGUAAAAACCCGAUCAAGGGAACGGAUUAUCUCUCUGGUAUCCUUAGGCCGGGAAGGAGAUUGCUGAAUGUGAAGCUUAAGAGACACGCAGAUGCAUGUCGGCGGGAUUUGCAUGAGGACUUCCCCUCAACAGCCCGCUUCCGAAUUCUCGUCCUCACCUCGACAGACCUGCUGGAUCCAAGGGGCAAAUCCGCCCAGUCCCUAACAGCACUCACCAAGAAUAUUAUCCCAAGCUUCCCGGACCAGCUGAUUGAACAGGUCGUUAUCCACCCCCGUCUUCCUCGGCAAUUCACCUGGAAGGAUCUACCUGCCGGAUUGAAGAAGUACUCUGAGAUGCGGUUCUACUCCGGGCACGAACUGGACGAUGUCUAUGGUAUUUACGGAGUCGAUGCAAAUGAGGGCGCAGUUGCUGUUAUCCGGCCCGAUGGAUAUGUGGGUGUGAUUGCUGAGUUGAGUGAUGUGGAUACGGUUGAUGAGUAUCUUGGGCGGUGUUUGAGGAGGGUGUAAUUACUACAUAUGCUAUUCCGUGCUAUAUUCAACGAAUACCGAACAUGGAGAAGAGAAGAGAGGAAAGACGAUGGGAGCGAGGCGCGUGGUAUAGGAACCCCGCAGUCACCUCUGAAUCCUCUUCGGUGUAUUGUCCAUAUUCUUGACACCCACGCUUACAUGUUUGAUCGGGAUAAUUCCGGAGGAAAUGUUGCGAACAAUGUCUAUUGCAAGUUUCACAGCCGCGUUGGAUUCUUAGGAACGUGUCAGAUUUAUAGACCAUACCUCCGAUGGCAAUCCGGGACAG